GCCUCAAACAGUAAUCAGACUUCUUCCUUGUCCUUGUCCACAUUGAAGAGAAUAGAGACAAUAAUUUUAUUGUUUAUGCUAUAUCUAUUCUCUAGUCUAUGCAUUGAGAAUUGUCAAAAAUUGGAAAAUGGCCGCGAAACAAAAUCCUGUUGUUCAAGAAGAACAAACAACAUCUGAUGAUAUUCCACUGACGUCGUUAGAAGAAAGCUUGUUUAGCUCGGAAAAACUUGAUCGUGCAUCUCCAGAAUUGUGGCCGGAGCAAAUUCCUGGAGUAUCGGAAUUUGCUCCCCCGCCGAGUAACAACCAAUCUCCGCCGUUGUGGGCUCGAGGAGCUACUAAGGAAGAUUUCACCUAUAUGCAACAAUUGGGGUCACUUUCUACUAGUGGACUCAUAAUGGAAGUUAAGAAGCUACAUGACCUUGCCUACCAACUUGGGCUUGAAGAGGCUAAAGAAAUGACAAGAGGGAAGUAUUUAAAUAUAUUCGCUUCCAGGCGACCACGAGUGUACUAUGCCAAACCAAAUGCCAAAUAGUCAUAUAUUAUUAUCAAAUCUAGUUUAAUAAAUCAAUUAUUUCUCAAAAUAAUGCAAGGUGACACAUAAGAAGGGACAUGCCACUGUUUAUGUGUAAUUGGUGCCUAUAAGUAACCAUCGAAUUUUUAAUUACACAAUAGAAUUACUUUUAGUUCUAGAAGAACAUUAUUUUAGAACAUGAUGACAAUAAUGUCAUUUGGUUUAUAAGAGAUUUAUCUGGUUAUAGUAUAGCCAUCAACUACAUGUAGUCAUGAUGCAAAACUAACAAAUUCUAUAAUAUGUAUAUUGUUUAUAGUGAGCAAUCAAUUGAUAUUUAUUUGUUAUGAAAUAUGGCAUAGUGGACCUGCUGUCAGCAGCACUGUCAAAUAUAAUAGUACCUGUAGGACAUUUUAAAAGUUACAUUUUGACUAAUAUAUCUUAAGAAUUAAACACAUAUGUAACUUUUAAACAUUUUAUUAUAAUAAAAUUAACAUAAUAAAGUUAAAUGUUAACCUACAAUGUAAAAUUAGUAGAUGCUAAUAAAUUAUUUUAAGUUUACAAA